AUGUGUACAAAUGAUAUUGCCUCGAAGAUGAAUCAUUGGGAAAUAUCGCCGAAUCAGCACCAAACAGUAAUAAAUCGACGGGUGUUGUUUCAAGAGCACUUGGAGAAGUUAUCUGAGGUUUUUGGUGGGAACGUACCUGCUGAUUUCGAGGUAAACUGCAAUCCAACUCAUUUGCUCGCAGACGUCGAUCACUAUAGCGUAGACCUAAAAGCCAUGAAAAAACUCAUGAAGCUCUGUUCAUUAUUAAGAAAGAACGUGAUCGAUCUGAAAACUGUUUACAAGAAAAGGUGUCGUAUGAGCGGUGGAUAUUAUACUGAAUCGGAACGUGCCGAAGUGGAACCAGAAUUGCGGUCAUUAGAAGAAGACGUUCAGCGAAUGAUGGAUGUAUUAAAAGACAUCAGCGGGAACAGUCAUGAAAUAAAACACGUGUUGAAAAUGUACACUGAAAAUGAAAACCGGUACGUAAGACUUUUGUCGUUAAACAAGAGUGCCAAACUUCGAUACCAAGCAAAAAAAACGGAAAAUGGUACGAACGACGGUGAAUUUCAUUUCGGGCUGUGCGACGAAAUUUACAAAUGGGUGCGUAAUAGUUGUCCGUUUACCUUUAUCACUGCACGAGAAAAAAAUGUAAAACGUAAGUGGUUUUAAGAAUAUCAGGAAUUCGAUCGAGUACGGAAAUAAUGGUUUUAUGCAUUCUCGUUAUGUACCUAUGCUAUGUUUAUGUAGUGUUUUCGUUGGUUUCCUAGCUAUCUAGUCAACUGUUUCGCUCAAUCAAUUAUUAUUCAAUUCACACAAUAUAUGAAUAUGCUAUCAUCGCUAUUUUAAUAUUAUCACUAGGUAACGGAUUUAAAUACUAAUGAGAAUACCUUUAAUAAGUAUUAUAAGUAUGAAUC